UGUCUUCCAUUUCUUCACCAGCUACUUCUAGCCGGAAUCUGGAAGCAUGGCCCGCCUCCUGGUGUUGUGCACAUUCGCCGCAGUGGUGGCCUGCGCCAUGGCCUCCGUCCAGCAGGCCGUACAGAGGCCAUCAGGAAGACCAGGAGGAGUAGGAGGCGGUGUUGGAGCAGGAAGGCCUUCAGGCUGGGGAAGCUCCGGAGGCUGGGGACAAUACCCAGGCGGCUGGGGAGGCUGGGGAGGCUGGGGACAAUACCCAGGCAGCUGGGGCUGGGGAGGCAAUGGUUGGGGCUGGGGUGGCAACGGUUGGGGCUGGGGAGGCAACGGCUGGGGCAACGGCUGGGGCAAUGGCUGGGGCAGUGGCUGGGGCCAGCAACAACAGCAGCAGCAGCAGUGGGUGUAAGUUCGUCG